GAAGGGCACACACGCGGGGAGGAGGGCACACGCGGUGCAGCGGCGCUCUGUCAGCCGCUGUGUCUUCAUUUCAGGCGGGGGACGGUCUCAUGUAGCGCUCGCAUCAACCCCAGCCCAGAGCGUACCCUACCCGCCUUCAUUCACCGUGUCUGCCCCGGUCUACUCGGAUAUCUGCAGCCCAGAGGAGCAGCUCGGACGCGGAGAUGCCGAUGGUCUCAAGCGCGACACGGACACUACACACGGGACUUCUACAACAGUGACGACAAUUUAGAUCUGCAAAGCAUCAUUGCAUCGAGACCCUGCGAUUAUUUCACGCUUAUAACCUCGCAGACAUCUCCCAAAAUGGACAGUAACAGGCAGAUUGAGGAGCACGGGGGGCGAUCGAGUGGCGCGUCUGACCCUGUCCCCCCCAGACCCAGAAGACCUCAGAGGAGCGCCCGGGUGGAGGGGUCCGUGGACAUAUCCGAGCCCAAAGAGCCUCCUCCGACAGAACUGAGUGUCCCAGAUGGUUCUGCCCCGAGCUGCCUCAAAUCCCCCUGCCCUGAACCCACCAAGCCCAUAGAGGAGCACCCAUCACUCCCAGGAGUCAAGCUGGGUCCCAAAGGUCCUGGGCACCACCACCAACCAGUGCGGGCAGCCUCCGUGCCCGACCCCCCCAUGGGCAGGCACAUACCCCCUCACCUGAACCCUCAUAGGGCUCUGUCUGUGGCCGGCACCGCAGACACUCAGGCACUCACUGUGGAAGACUUCAGGAUCCAUGUCAUCACGUGGAAUGUUGGCUCCGCCCAGCCCCCUGAUGACAUCACUUCCUUGUUGGGGCUGAACGUGGGGGACGGAAACACAGACAUGUACAUCAUCGGGCUGCAGGAGGUGAACUCUAUGAUAAACAAGCGUCUGAAGGACGUGCUGUUCACUGACCAGUGGAGUGAGGUGUGCAUGGAGCGCCUCAGCCCCUUUGGCUACGUGCUGGUGACGUCCCAGAGAAUGCAGGGCGUAUUGCUGCUCGUUUUUGCCAAGUACUUCCAUCUGCCCUUCCUGCGCGGGGUCCAGACAGAGACCACCCGCACCGGCCUGGGGGGCUACUGGGGAAACAAAGGGGGAGUGAGCGCUCGUAUGUCAGUGUUUGGUCACACACUGUGCUUCCUGAACUGCCACCUGCCCGCCCACAUGGAGAACUCGGAGCAGCGCAUGGACGACUUCGAGAGCAUACUACAGCAGCAGCAGUUUGAGGGCCAGGCAGCCACCGGUGUGCUGGACCACGAUGUGGUGUUCUGGUUUGGGGACCUGAACUUUCGCAUUGAUGACCUGGACAUGCAGGUGGUGAAAUCUGCCAUAGACAACAACAAGUACUCCACUCUGUGGGAAAAAGAUCAGCUGAACAUGGCCAAAGACUGUGAGACAGUACUGGAGGGCUUCCAGGAGGGGCCGCUCAAGUUCCCCCCAACGUACAAGUUUGAUGUAGGCACAGACAUGUACGACACCAGUGGGAAAAAGCGCAAACCGGCCUGGACCGACCGUAUCCUGUGGCGUCUAAGGGCCACGGCUCCGGGCAGCGCAGAUGGCAAGCGCAACUCCAUCUCCGGGCUCACCAGCGGCACCCGUGUUACCCAGCACUACUACAGGAGCCACAUGGAGUACACUGUCAGUGACCACAAGCCUGUGUCCGCCAUCUUCACUCUGCAGUUCCCAUACAGAGUGGAUGUGCCUCUGGUCACCCUGAUCGUGGAGGACGAGUGGAAACUGUGCCGCGACGCCACAGCCAAUCAGACUGGCCCCAACUACUCACGCAGCUCAUGGGACUGGAUCGGCCUCUACAAGGUGGGCUUCAAACACCACAAGGACUAUGUGGGCUACGUGUGGGCCAAACAGGAGGAGAAUGACUUCCACCGACAGGAGCAUCAGGUGUUGUUCACUGAGGAGGAGCUGCCUAAAGGCUCAGGGGACUUCAUCCUGGGUUACUACAGCAACAACAUGAACUCCAUUGUGGGGGUGACAGAGCCCUUCCAGAUUCAGCUGCCCUCGGAGGAGCCUCACAGCAGCUCCUCUGACAGCUCCGACUUCAGUUCAGAGGACGACAGCACCGUGGUCCACAUGAAAACAAGGUCCAGGAGCUCCAGCCCCUGCCACCGGACCACCCGAGCCCACCGGCACCGCAGCCCAGAGCCCCAGCCCACCCCUAACCCUGCACCUGACACUGACACCACGCCUGACACUAACACUGACUCCUGCCUGUGCCCCCAGCAGCCAGCAGAGGGUGAUAGCACACAGGAGGAGGUGAAGACAACAGGGGAGUGACCAGUGCACAGGUCCAAAUGUCCUGCCUCUCAUACACUGCAAAAAGGAAGAGCCACACCAGUUA